AUGAGACAAAGUUGGGAAGUUCCGGGGACUAAAAAAGCUUGGUGCAAAAAAAGAAAAAUACGUAACCUUGCGAAAAAGUGUGGUAUAGCUCCCGAAAAUCUCCCUACGAUUCUUCAAAAUCCAGAUAUUGUCACUCUUGUUCUGAAAUAUUUAAAAGAAAAAAAAACCGAUGAAAUGCCUGCACUUUUAUUUGAUUGGAAUGAUGCAGGUUUUAAUGACACUGUAGUUCCAAAUUGCCGUAAUGGUAUUGCAACACAGACCAAAGCGUCUAUAAUUGCAAACCUCCUUGCAAACGGUACAACUGAUUAUGGGAAUCUGAACAUAUUAUUCAUUUUUCCAGAUGGUCACGCAAUUGGGGGUUGGUCCAAGAAUGUGGCAACAAACUUACCUUGGGCGAAGCACCAAAAUGGUAUUCCUGAUGUCUGCAACCAACUAUUAGAAUAA